AGCACUCCACUCCAGCUGAUUGUGCCAGUUGGGUCGUUGACAACGCUAGAGAAACAGUUCAGUCUGCGAGACGGCUCGUGAUUAGUGAAUCGCUUCAAGUGUCCCAUAAGUACAAAUAGUUUUGUGGUGAUUGGCAGAUAUCAGCCGGCAUCAGUUGCUGCAUCAUCCCAUUAACGAGUGAUUGUAUCGUGAAUGGCUUCAGACGACAGAUUCCCCCCUUUAGAAGAAAACCACGAGCGAGCGUCGUCUUCAGUUGCGAAAGUGAUUCGUAUCAGUGCGGGUGGUUUUUGGCGCGCUGUUCACAGUCCUCUUUGAGUAGCAGCUCCGAGGUCUGGUAGUGAACUCGGGCACGUGCCGUGUGGGUGUUCUGGCGUAUCAGCGAGGAUUUAGUGGAUAAUUUAUAGGUAAUAUUUUACUUGGCGUUGCACAGCGGAAGAUGGACAAAAGUCACAUCAGACAUCUUCUGGAUUUAUCCAAAGAGGAAAAGAAAGCAUUUCUGGAUUCGUUCGAUGCAAUAAUGUCCGACUGUGAUGGAGUGGUGUGGAAUUUUACUGGACCGAUUCCCGGGGUGGACGAAGCGUUGCAGCUUCUCAAGCAAAAUGGAAAGAAAUUGGCAUUCAUAUCGAACAACGGAAUGCGGACCAUGGAUGAAUACAGAGAAAAAUUCAGUAAGCUUGGAAUUGAAUCUCAAGAGCACGACAUCGUACAUCCGGCGUUAACCACGGUUAAGUACUUAAAAUCGGUUAACAUGCAGGAUGCUGUCUACUGCAUUGGGACGGAGGUGUUUAAGAAUUAUCUACGAUCUGAAGGAUUUACUGUUCUAGAUGGGCCAACAGAACGCCUUCCGGAUGGAGGCGCCGCCAACGCGGUUCGCACAUUUGCCAGCUACUUCACCGAUACCAGUGGGCCUGCGGUGGGAGCCGUCGUCGUCGAUAUCGAUGUCAACGUUUCUUUGUCCCAUCUCAUGAAAGCCAAGUGCUAUCUCGAUCGCAAUCCUGACUGUUUGCUGCUGGUGGGCGCCACCGAUUACGUCAUACCGUUGGGUGACAAUAUGGACGUCAUAGGGCCGGGGUACUUCAUCGACAUCCUGGAAAAGGCAACCGGACGGAGAGCGCUAGUUCUGGGCAAACCGGGUCAAGCGCUAUCCGAGUUCAUACUGGAACAAUUUCACGUGACCCAACCCGAGCGAACGCUGUUCAUUGGAGAUAUGCUGCCUCAGGAUAUGGGAUUCGGAGCGCGAUGUGGAUUCCAGAAAGUGUUGAUGCUCAGCGGUGGUACCACCAAAGCCAUGAUGUUCGCACACAAUAAGCCAGAAGAACUGCCCAACUUUUACGCUGAUAGUUUUGCUGAUUUUAUACAACUGUAUAAGGAUGUGAUGGAUUAGGGUGGUGACAGAUGUAGUAAAAUAAUUCUAUUUACAUUAGGCGGUAUCCACAAAUUACGUAACGCUCUAGGGGGAGGUAGGGAGUAGGCUCAAGCGUUACGGCUCAUACAAAAAUUUGAAAUUUUUUAUACAAGAAGUGUUACGGAGGGGGAAGGGGGUUAAAAUUUGCUAAUUUUAGCGUUACGUAAUAAAUGGACGCUGCCUUAUAGAACAGAUUACUGGAAGUAAUGGAAUUUGUGAUAUGUCAAUUUAAUUGCACUGUAUGUUUCAGUAUGAGAAUAUAGAUUACUUACUAAACCAAACUUCAA